GUGCAGUGUUCCUACAGCCGUCACCCGGGUAGAGGGUGUGGCUGUUGGCGAUCGGGAGCUGUUCUCGUGGACUAGGAUUGUCUUAUAGCAGCGUUUAAAAUGUUUGACAGUCUGGUGAUGAAAAUGCUUAUGUUAUCAAUAAUUAGCUUCUUGUUGUUGCUGCUCUGAUAGAAUUAGUGUGGAAGCUUCAUCACCGCUGUUAGCUCGUCUUUUAGCACUUUAGCCUCAACAACUGAGCAACGGGACACUGACUUGAACACACUUUAGUAAUAAUAUGGUCGACUUGUUACACAUCAACGUCAACUUGUUUGUAAGGCACGUCUUCAAAGUCGCGACAGCACUUAGCUGCCGCAGUUAGCGUGGAGGCUAACUCGUCACUAUGCUUCAGCUGUUGACGAAAACAAAAGUUAUUUACGUUUUAAUGGGACGUUUUUUUUAGGGUUAUUUAUAUGUAACACGAAAAACGUAGCAGAAAAUGGGUGAUUCAUACAUAAAAUUGAGUUUUCAAAUAUUAAAGUAGCACAUUUUAUAGCUGUGACUGCAUCAUUAUCAUUGAUAUCAAGUUUACAAACGGCUUUUUAGGUCACUAAAACGCAACAUUUAACAGUACUUGCUAGAGGUAGGCGAAACUGAGAAUUUCGGCAUUGAUCCGCUACCACAUAAAUAUAGGGACCGUAUUGCCAAUACCGAUAUACGGAAAAUGUUCAAGAUCGUUGGAUGACUGUGAUGGUGCCUUGGGUUUCUUGAUCAUGAUUAUACUGUGGCCCACGGCGGCAAAUGCCAUCGUCCAAAGGCUUCAAACAGAAAUGGUCCAACAACACACAAACACCAUAAAAAAUAUGCAGCAGGAAAAUGCUGCAAUCACAUGAAUGGUGCAGGAUUAAAAAACAAAAAACAAAUGCAAAAGAAAAAUGCUGCAAAUACAAAAAAAAAACUCUCAAAACAACCCAGUGAGAGAAAUGCUGCAAGUCAAAGCAGGAAGUUAGCCAGUGAAAAGGGGUGCUAGACUUGAGCAAUAUUUCUCUUUAAACGCUUUACAGCAACCAAUUUUUAAGAGUUAACAAAUAUACCUUUGGGAAUUCUUGUGUGGAAGCUUCAUAGGAAGGUCCUGAACAUCACAACAGCAGUAAAACAUCAGCUGAAGCAUGCUCUUGGCCCAGAUAAACCGGGACUCCCAGGGAAUGACGGAGUUUCACGAUGCCAACGGGCAGCCGGUCACACUCUGUCUGACCGAAGCGGUGGCAGUGGCGGAUGGCGAUCAGAUGGAUACCAUGGACACGGUGAGCCUGCAGGCGGUCACUCUGGCGGAUGGCUCCACCGCCUACAUUCAACACGACUCCAAGCCAGCCUUCUCUGACGCACAGAUCAUGGAUGGCCAGGUGAUCCAGCUGGAGGACGGCUCGGCAGCAUACGUCCAGCAUGUGUCCAUGCCCAAAACAGGAGGGGAGAGUUUACAGCUGGAAGAUGGACAAGCAGUUCAACUGGAAGACGGAACGACAGCCUUCAUUCACACACCCAAAGAAACGUACGAGCAAGGCAGCCUGCAGGAAGUGCAGCUGGAGGAUGGCAGCACGGCCUACAUUCAGCACACUGUGCACAUGCCUCAGCCCAACACCAUCCUGGCCAUCCAGGCUGACGGCACUAUCGCUGACCUGCAGGCCGAGGCCGCCGCCAUUGACCCAGAGACUAUCAGCGUGCUGGAGCAGUACACCACCAAGGUGGAGAACAUUGAGAACCCGUUGGUUCCCUUUGGGACAGUGGAAGCAGACAACGGCGUGCACAUGCGGAUUGUAUUACAGGGUCAAGAGAAUAGGACGGCCAGGGUCGCUAAUGUCGGUGAGAAGUCAUUCCGCUGUGAACAUGAUGGCUGUGGAAAGUUGUACACGACUGCCCAUCAUCUCAAGGUACACGAGCGUUCCCACACUGGAGACAAACCAUACGUGUGCGACUAUCCAGGAUGUGGCAAAAAGUUUGCAACAGGGUAUGGGCUCAAGAGUCACUCACGUACGCACACUGGGGAGAAGCCGUAUAGAUGUCAGGAGAUCAACUGCUGCAAGUCCUUCAAAACAUCUGGAGACCUUCAAAAGCACACGCGCACACACACAGGAGAGAAGCCGUUCAAGUGUCCAGUAGAAGGAUGCGGCAGGUCCUUCACCACCUCCAACAUCCGAAAAGUUCACAUCCGCACGCACACGGGAGAGCGGCCAUACUAUUGCUCUGAGCCCAGCUGUGGGCGCUCUUUCGCCAGCGCCACCAACUACAAAAACCAUAUGAGGAUCCACACAGGGGAGAAACCAUAUGUGUGCACUGUGCCUGGCUGUGAGAAGCGCUUCACAGAAUACUCCAGCCUUUACAAACACCAUGUGGUCCACACACCAUGCAAGCCUUACAACUGCAACCACUGCGGGAAGACCUACAAGCAGAUCUCCACCCUGGCCAUGCACAAGCGGACGGCCCACAACGAUACAGAGCCUAUCGAAGAGGAGCAAGAAGCGUACUUUGAACCGCCCACUGAUGCCAUUGAUGACCCCAACGUGAGCUACACCACAACUGUGGUCGGGGGAGAGGACUCGGGCUCCGAGCAGGUUCCAGUGGAGAGCUCAGACGUGGUUGGUCAGCAACAUGUUGCCUUGGUAACACAGGCGGAUGGAACGCAACAGCAGGUCAGUAUCUCUGAAGCUGAUUUACAAGCCAUGGGGGGCACGAUCACCAUGGUAACGCAAGAAGGCACCACCAUAACCAUCCCAACCCAUGAACUGACAACGCAAGGUGCUCAGGUGGCCAUCAUGACACCCGGCAUGACGUCGUUUGAAACUGUGGAGGAGGCUGCCUACAGCCAAGAGACUGAAGACCUCCAUCCUGUCACUUUGUUGGCCACCUCCAAUGGCACUCACAUCGCUGUGCAGCUCAGUGAUCAGCCCUCGUUGGAGGAAGCCAUCAGGAUAGCUUCAAGAAUUCAGCAAGGAGAGUCGCCUGGCCUGGAUGAUUGACGCGACAUGCCAUGGAUCAUGACUCAAAUCAACUAAAGAGAACUUAGAAGUCUUCCUUCUCUGCAAAAUAACUGUUUUUAAGUGUACAUAGGAUUUUGAUAACUGGACUAUUUUGUCUUUCAACCAAACAGAUGAUUGGAUGAGGGGACAUGCUUUCUCAUGAUCAUGCACAGUGCAGGGUACAGCAAAUGAUAUUUCUAAUUAAAAAAAAAUCACUCUUGGUUGAGCUGUACUUCAUUUUGGAACGUUGCUGCUCUAUAAACUGCUAUAAAAAUAUUUUGUAAUA